UGUGUCCUUAUGCCUUAUAUUUAUUAUGAUGCUUUAUAUUAUUUCAUUAAAACCUAAACAUUUGGAGGAAUUUUACCCCCAAUUUUAUCAUUGGAGCAUGGACAACCAGCUAAUUGCUAUAAUCAAAUAAAUACGAAUGAAUGUAUGAAUAAAUGAAUAAAAGGUAGGAGAGCCCAAAAGCAAUUCUACGUGUUUUAAUUCCCGAGACCAAAGCUUUUCCCUUAUUUCCCUUGGAAAAUCAUUUGGUUGACUCUGGACUCAGGCUAAAUCCUGCCUCCCAAAGACCCACAGGAUGGAAACCCUGGCACAGGCCUGGCAAAUGAGGACGAAGCGUCCCCGCAGGACUGGAGUUUUUCUCAGGUUUGGAAGUAACUGGGAUCAGCUCCUUGCUGGGAGCCAUAGAUCCGGAAGGUCAGAGGAAGGUAAGGUUAGUUUCACUCCUUGAGCCUUCUCGUCUUCAGCCUUCGGUGCUGUUGGGGCACCUGGUAUUUGAGAGAGGUGGCACUCAGGGUUGGGUCUCACUUGGCAAAGCACCAGAGAUUGGUCCCCCCCCACCCCCGCCCGCAACGCUGGAGAGAGUCACAGAAGCUGGAUGGUAAACACGAGCAAAUAUUGACAGAACUGAGAGUCAGGGUAACACCAUCUGGCCCGUCUGCAGUUCAAAGGGCCUGGUCAACUGGGUUUGCAUGACACAACCAGGCAGUUUCUAAAACUGAAUUUUAAAACGGGCGGCUCAUCAGCCGCCCCUUUGUGUUUUUGCAAAAUCGCUCCCUGUACUAACUUCCUCACAGCUGUUCUUAUUUCCUUUGGUAGAAUUUUUUUUUCAUUCUUCCUAGGAAGAGAAAUCAAUACAACAUCUCCAGGAGGGAGGUGGUUGGUAUCUCCUACUUUGAUCCAAACCACGUGUUGUCUGUGUUGGGUUAAUUCCAGCCUGGGUCAAGCAACUGAUCGCAAGAUGUUUUUGCGGGUUGUGUGCUAUCUUGUGGUUGUGUGGCCGAUUUCUGCCUCAUAUGAGAACUGUCCAGAACUCCCCCCAGUGGGAUAUAGCAUAUUUGUUGCAAAGAAGGUCGAAGGACAAAUUCUGGGGACUUACUUUUGUAUCAAGGGCUACCACCUGGUAGGAGAGAAAACCUUUAUUUGCAAUGCCUCUGGGGAGUGGAAUAAUCCCACUCCCACAUGCCAAUUGGGCCACUGUCCCGACCCUGUGCUGGUGAAUGGCGAACCCAGUUUCUCAGGUCCUGUGAAUGUGAAUGACAAAGUCACUUUUAAGUGCAAUGAGAACUAUAUCCUCCAGGGCAGCAACUGGAGUCAGUGCAUGAACGACCACACCUGGAUGCCUCCCUUACCCAUCUGCAAAAGCAGAGACUGUGGCCCUCCUGGGAAUCCGGCUCAUGGCUAUUUUGAGGGAAGAGAUUUCAACUUAGGUUCGACCAUUACUUAUUACUGUGAAGACAGGUACCACUUGGUGGGCACGCGGGACCAACGGUGCGUUGAUGGGGAGUGGAGCAGUGCACUUCCAGUCUUUGUAUCUCCUGGCACAUGCUCAGUAAAUAUCUGUUCACUGUGGGAUGUUUUUGAAGAGUUGGCCUUGGCCCGAUUGUAGAAGAGGGAUCAUAAACUAUUAAUUCGUAUUUUUACAUGAGAAGUUCUCAUUCACCACCAUCAUCACAAACACCUCAUGAGGACAUGUUGGUAAGAGUUAUUGUCUCAUGGACUUUACAGAGCGAGUUUUAUAUACUCAUGUCUUAGACUUGUAUGUAUUGCUGUAAAAAGUCUCUGAAAUUCUUCUAGAUUUUAAAAAACCCUGAACAGAUCAAUUUUCAUUGAGAUCCCUUUUAUAGAUCCCUCUUUUUUUUUUUAUUACUGGGAUAACAAUAAGUAUACAUAAGCUAGAAAAAUUUAAGUGAUUCAUCACGUUGAAUACCCAGAUCAGGGACCUAAACGCUAUGCAUUAGCUUCGGAGUAUAUGGCUUCAGAGAAUCUCAGUUCUUAAGCUGUAACUUACUUGAAAAAAAAAUUU